CGGCCGCCGGGAACGAAAACGGCGCCGAUGGCCGGGCCGGUGAAGGACCGCGAGGCCCUGCAGCGCCUCAGUUUCCUAUACCAGGCCGCUCACUGCGUGCUCGCGCAGGACCCCGAGAACCAGGCGCUGGCCAGGUUUUACUGCCACACCGAGAGAACCAUCGCGAAGCGGCUCGUCCUGCGGCGGGACCCCGCGGUGAAGAGGACCCUGUGUCGUGGCUGCUCGUCCCUGCUCGUCCCGGGCUUGACCUGCACCCAGCGCCAAAGACGCCGCAAAGGGCUGCACUGGACAGUCCAGACUUGCCUAACGUGCCGGCGCAGCCAACGAUUCCUCAAUGAUCCUGCACAUCUGCUCUGGGGAGAUCGGCCCGAGGCUCAGCUGGGGAGCCAGGCAGAUUCCAAAGCGCCGUGUCCCCUGCCAAACACAGCCUGCCUGGUGCCGGCCCACCAUCCAGAGGAGAAAGUGCAGUCUCAAAACUCCAGUCCCCAGUGAUGGAUUUCCUCCGUCUUCUAAGAACAAAUAAAGCUCACUUUUGUUUCA